UUUAUCCCGAAGUGAAUUUCACGAUGGACCAAGUAAAAUGCGCCAAGACGUCACCAACAUAAGCGUGUGGGCGAGGCCUGCAUCGGCCAUGGAGGAAGUCACCGCACUGGAACUGCUGGCCCUGCAGCCGGAGCAGCCAGGUGUAGAAGAGGAAGAAGGGGCGACACUGCCUGCAGGCACCCUGUUGCGCAUCGAUGGCGACACCCUGGUCGCAGUCGUCGAGGACGGACAGGCAAUUGCUGCUGCUGCCUCAGAUGAAACCGCACCACAGCUUACGGAGCUGGACUUGUCGAGCCUGCUGUCAGUGGAAGAGCCAGAAGAAGACGUUCUGCAAAAGGCAUUGCUCCAGGCCAACACCGUGGUCAGAGAGGACGCUACCACAGAGCAGCCACAGUCCCAACCGAAAGUGCAGCCAGAGGUUGAAGAUCCGCAGCAGCAGCAGCAGCAACAGCAGACAGUGGUGAUUGAUAUUAGCAGUCCGAUCGAGCUGUGCCAAAAUGCACUGAUUGUAGUGAACGGCCAGCGGUGCGUCCUUCAGCAGGAUUCUAGCACGGGUCAGGUGCUGGCCUACCCAAUCCGAGAACCCAAGCGCAAGCGUGGGCGACCAAGGAAGGUGGUGCCUCCACCUACUGAGGAAGCUCCACCAGCUGCAUCUGCGGAGGAAGCCUCUGUGACUGAGCCUGCUGCUGUGGAAGAAGACGAAGAAGAAGACGAUGGUGACAAAGGCAUGGUGGAAAUUUUCACAGAAGAUGGUGCCCUUGUGCGUAGGAGUCGGCGGCGGCGAAAGGUGGCACGCACCAUGAAGGACUACCACUUGAGCGAAGGCAGUGAAAGCGAGCAAGAUACCGAGCCUGAUCCAGAGCCUCGGAGGCGUGGUCGGCCACCUAAAAAUUACCACGAGGAGGACCCUUUUUGGAGGCGAUCGAAUGUACGUCGCCGGCCUCGUCUGCGAAAAAGGGAGGGGACAGCUCGGAGCAACCCUAUGCAAGCGUUCCUGGUGCAGAUGGCUGAUGGUCAGACACUCGUGAUGCAAAUACCGGCUGCUAGCAUUCCGGAAGGCAUGGACUUGCACCAAGUGGCACAGAACAUCGCCAACAGCCUCAAUGCAGCAGCAGCGCAACAGGCCGUUUCAGAAGGGGUACUGACAGCUGAAGAAAGCAGCCACAUCUCCCGUCCUGGUGGCACUGCAAAAUGCCGUCUCAGGCGAGCCACAACUGCAGCCACCACCACAACCUCAACUGCCAGCACCAGCAGCAAAACGCCGACCAGGGCGACCUCGAAAGAGGCCGCUGACACCACCACCACCUCCGCCUCAAGCAGAAACGACCGGAGAGAGUCUGGUAACUCCCAUCACAGCUUGUCCAACAGAUGCUCCGUCAGAUUCCUGCAACAAACGCUUCAACCGACGCACCAGCAGGUGUUCCCACAGAGGCUACAAAAGACUGUCUGGUGGAUGUUUUGACAGAAGGUCUGACGAACACUCCGAACAAUGUGUCGGAAGAAAGUUUAGCCAAUGAAUUGACUGUGGGUGUAACGAAAGGUCAACUGACAGAGACUCCUGCCGACGAUGGCUCCAGUGAUGGUGUGGCCACUCGUAGCGUGGCUGCAGUGAUUGCCCAGAGUCUGGAAGAUGCUGUGGCGCAGGUGCUCGGAGGGCCCACUGCGGGGCCACUCUUGGGAGGACAUGAACUUGCCUCUGUACAGCCUGUCGAGGAGUCCAUCCUCCCGAACAGCUCUGAUGAUGCGAUGGUGAUUCCACUGCAUGACAAGCUGGUCGCUGUCCAUGCAAACACUGACGAUGCUACAGUGAUCCCUGUGUCCGAGAGGCUUGUCAAUCUGCUGCUUCC